CAAAUCAGAUCAUAUAAACUAAAAAUAGCUUAGACAAAGGUAGUGUUUCUUAAUAAGCUUAGCUCGAAUAGGCAAAUACCUGUCCCGACUCGAUUCUUUUGCAGCCUUAUCAAAAAAUGGUAAAGAGUAUCUACACAAAUUUAAACCAAAAAUCUAAAUUUCUUUUCCUCAUCCUUAAAUUAGCUGACUCAUUCCUCCCUCCCCCAUUCCUAUCUCCAUCUAUCAAUACCCCCACUUCCCCGAAAAAAAAAAAACCAAAUUUAUACAUACCACCAUCAAAUCACCCCUCCAAAAACAAAUUCUCACAAAAUCCAAAUCCCAAAAAAAAAAAAAAAAAAAAAAUGGCGCAAGGGGUAGGAAAGAUGAUAAAAACCGCCAUAGGAGACGCCUUAAUGUCCUUCGGAUGGAUGUUUACGGCUUCGACACUCGGUAUCGCUACCGCGGUCGUGGCCGAAUAUUUUGGAGUUGAUGAGGAGAGUAAGUUAAUCCAUGCUAUCUUCACCGGUAUCAUAAUGGUUCAUAUAGUCUUUUGUGAAGGUAUGACGGUGGCUCUUGGUGGUGCUAGCUUUAAUCCCACCGCUAACGCCGCCAUGUAUGCUGCCGGUAUUGGUGAUGAUACGCUCCUGUCUAUGGCUGUCCGCUUCCCUGCCCAGGCGGCUGGUGCUGUUGCCGGUGCCAUAGCAAUCUCGGAAGUGAUGCCAAGUCAGUACAAACACAUGUUGGGGGGACCUUCCAUUAAGGUUGACUUGCAUACUGCAGCCAUGGCAGAAGGGGUGUUGACUUUUCUUAUAACCUUGGCCGUCCUCAUCAUUAUCAUCAGGAUUCCAGGUGGUAUGUUGGUGAAGACAUGGCUGCUUGCCAUGGCUACUGUAACUUUGGUUGUUGCUGGCUCUAGUUAUACUGGACCUUCAAUGAAUCCUGCCAAUGCGUUUGGAUGGGCAUACAUUAGAAAACAGCAUAAUACAUGGGAUCAGUUGUAUGUUUACUGGAUCUGUCCCUUUAUCGGUGCAAUUGGGGCUGCUUGGGUGUUCAGAAUCAUCUACCCAUUGCCUAAAAAGCAGAAGAAAGCUCCAAAGAACAGGAAAGCAGAGUAAUUUGGUUCCAGAUUUCUACAAGGAAAUUAGUUAUUCAUAAACUAAUGUGGUAUUUUAACCACAUUCUUAUUUUUCAUUAUCUUCAAUUGUAAUAUGGUAAUAUCCAAAUUAUGAAUUAUCAUAGAUUAAUAGGUGGGUUUGGUAAGAUGUUAGGAAUGAAGUUGUGCAAUUAUACAAAGUAGUGUUUCAGCUUUCAGGUUUUGAUUGCAGACUUGGCCUUUAAAUUUUGCCAAGAACGGACAACAAAGCAAAAGAAUAUAACUCAGCCCAGAAUUCCAAGUUGCAACAGCUA